GCUCUUCCUUGGCUUUCACUUUCCAUCACCAACACAUUCCAACAAUCCUUGGGAAAGCCAGAUCUCAUCGCCAGCGCGCAACAACACUACCAUACUGCGUUACUUCUCCUCUGGUAAUUGAUUUUGCCAGAAGCGCCGCAACCACCCAUCCUCACUCAACCGGCUCCUCUGUUUUUCCCGACCAGUCGCGUCAGCGUUUAUCGACAGCACAACCGCCCAACAUGUCUGGUGAAGAGGAUCUCAUCGACUACUCGGACGACGAGCUCAACAACGAGACCGCCGCCCCAGCCUCCAACGGCAAGAAGGGCGAUGCUGCCGCUGCCGCGCAAAAUGUCGACAAGAAGGGUUCCUACGUCGGCAUCCACUCGACCGGCUUCCGCGAUUUCCUCCUGAAGCCUGAGCUUCUUCGCGCCAUUGCCGACUGCGGCUUCGAGCAUCCCUCGGAGGUGCAGCAGACGUGCAUCCCCCAGGCUAUGCUCGGAGGCGACAUUAUCUGCCAGGCCAAGUCUGGUCUCGGCAAGACGGCUGUCUUCGUUCUCACCACUCUUCAGCAAGUCGAGCCCGUUGCCGGGGAGUGUUCGGUGCUGGUUAUGUGCCACACCCGCGAACUUGCUUUCCAGAUUCGCAACGAGUACAAUCGUUUCAGCAAGUACAUGCCCGAUAUCAAGACCGGCGUGUUCUACGGCGGCACUCCCAUCCAGAAGGACGCCGAGAUCCUUAAGAACAAGGACACGCACCCGCACAUCAUUGUCGGCACCCCAGGCCGUCUCAAUGCUCUUGUCCGCGACAAGCAUCUGCGCCUCGGAAACGUCCGCAUGUUUGUCCUGGACGAGUGUGACAAGAUGCUCGACCAAAUUGAUAUGCGUCGCGAUGUGCAAGAGAUCUUCCGGGCUACCCCUCAGCAGAAGCAGGUCAUGAUGUUUUCUGCCACGCUCUCGGACGAAAUCAAGCCCAUCUGCCGCAAGUUCAUGCAGAACCCUACGGAGCAUUAUGUCGAUGAAGACACCAAGUUGACGCUUCACGGUCUUCAGCAAUACUACAUUCCCCUCGAGGAGAGGGAGAAGAACCGGAAGCUCAACGAGCUGCUUGACGACCUCCAGUUCAACCAGGUCAUCAUCUUUGUCAAGAGCACUGUUCGGGCCACCGAGCUCGACAAGCUCCUGCGCGAGUGCAAUUUUCCCUCAAUUGCUGUUCACUCUGGUGUCAGCCAAGAGGAGCGCAUUCGCCGGUACAAGGAGUUCAAAGAGUUCAACAAGCGCAUCUGCGUGGCUACGGACGUCUUUGGCCGCGGUAUCGACAUUGAGCGCAUCAACCUCGCCAUCAACUACGAUAUGCCCGCGGACGCCGACUCGUACCUCCACCGUGUCGGCCGUGCUGGCCGUUUCGGCACCAAGGGUCUUGCCAUCUCUUUCGUCACUAGCGAGCAGGACAAGGAAGUCCAGCAGCAGAUUGAGAAGCGCUUCGAGGUCGCGCUCCCCGAGUUCCCCAAGGAGGGUGUCGAUGCCUCCACUUACAUGGCUGCUUAGGGCGGAAGGGUGGCUGUUUUCAUGGGUAAUUUGUCGGGCUCGGUUUUGGCUUCUUCGUCUUGUGGUCGGGUCUCUGGCAGUCGUUCUUUGCUGAGGUAGUCGGACAUGGACACAAUGGGCAAAGUUCAGAACGAAAAGCAGAAUUCGUCAUUACUUGAGGUGUGGCCCUCUCAUCUCGGUCAUGUAAGACUAGAUGGUCGCAUACUGGGACGAACAAUGUCGUCAUAUCGUUGCGAUACAUGAUGCCUCGCGCCUUCAUUCUUGACGGGUUAGUGUCUUCUCCCUUGAGCACACCUCCCUUGAUUAAGGUACCUUAGUGUACGAGUACCAGCACGCCUCUGUGUACUUUGCUCGUAACACGGCCUGCAGACAAAUCACAGG